AUGAGUAUGUCUGAAAACGAAGAUCACGCUGAGGUUUCCGACAUCGAACCCACUGCAGCGGCUAGAAAACGCUUGAGGGAUAGGUCAAAGGAGGUAUUGUCCAAACAAGCGGUUAAGAUCGCAAAACGUGCUGAAGAACAUGAAAGUUUCAUCAACAAGGUUACUCAUUUAUUGAAUGUUCUUGGCUUUGGUGGGUUUUGUUUUCUCUUAGGGGCAAGGCCUCAAGAUGUUCCCUUAGUUUAUUGUUUGUUCUAUGUUGUCUUUGUUCCUCUUCGUUGGAUAUACUAUAGGUUCAUGAAAUGGCAUUACUAUCUCCUGGAUUUUUGUUACUACGCCAAUACAAUUUUCUUGGUUUACCUUCUGUUUUAUCCAAAGAAUGAAAAGCUUUUUCUGGUUUGCUUUUCAUUUGCUGAGGGGCCGUUAGCAUGGGCUUUGAUUGUUUGGCGUUGCAGUUUGGUGUUCAGUUCUGUUGACAAAAUUGUCAGUGUUCUUAUCCAUCUUUUACCUGGAUUGGUUUUCUUUACCAUUCGAUGGUGGAAUCCUGAGACCUUAGAAGCCAUGCGACCAGAGGGAGCUCCCGCAAGAGUUACAUGGCCUUAUAUCGAAGAUAAAUCCUAUCUCUGUACAUGGCUGUUUCUCGUUCCCUUAGUAGUUUACACCCUGUGGCAGGUUCUUUACUUCCUCAUUGUCAACGUCUUACGUCGACAGCGGUUCAUAAGAGAUCCUGAAGUCAUGACUUCCUACAGGGAACUUUCUAAAAAAGCUCAGAAAGCAAACAACAUGUGGUGGCGUCUAAGCGGUUUGCUCGGGGAUCAAAACCGCUUGUUAAUGUUCAUUCUUCUUCAAGGAAUGUUCACGGUGGCAACAAUGGCGCUGACUGUUCCGAUAUUUUUGUCGUACGAGUUGUCAAUGGUUUUCCAAAUACUGAAGGUUUCUGCAUCAGUGUGGAAUGGAGCUGGCUUUCUGUUAGAGGUAAUGCCAAGGCAGGUAAUUCUCAAGGAGAAAAAGAAAUCAGAGAUGCAAACUGUUCCAAUUCAAAAUGAUCAAUCAUCAUAG